UGUUGGUUUGAAAGAAAAACAAAAAACAGACAAGAAAGUGGUCAAGUGAUACACAACAAAUGACAUGCUAUACCCACCUUGUUCUUACUCCCUCUUUUUCUCUCUCGUGGCUUACUUGCACCAGUCCAUGCACUUCUAUUUUAAUAAAUCUCCAAUGGCCGCCAUAGCCAGUCUUCAAUGAAGAAAUUAAUGGAGUUUUUCAAUAAUGGGUUUUCCUUUCUUUUCCUUAGAAACCUCAAACCCCUUUGAGCCAAAGCCUCUUCUUUUUCUUUCUUUUUUUGAAUCGGGUAAAGAUUGGAAAUGAGGAUUGAUGGUGAACGAUCUUUGUUCGAAACCCCAACUUGGGCUGUUGCAACGGUCGUCUCAGUCAUGGUUACCAUGGGUUUUUUAUUCCAUGGUUCUUUGAAACGACUCGGAAAGUGGUUAGAUAGGACUAAGAGGAAAGCCCUUUUAUCUGCUUUGGAGAAGAUCAAGGAAGAGCUAAUGCUUUUUGGGCUUCUAUCAUUGCUGAUGGGUCACUGGACAAUCUUUGUUGCCAAGAUUUGUGUUAAAUCAUCUUCCUUGAGCAGUCGAUUCUACCCAUGUUUAGCAGAAACUGAGAAUGUCUCUGUCAAACAUAUAACGGUUGAAACCCAUAAUCUUUUCAAUAACCAUUCGCGUUCUCAACAACAUGUUAAUCAUAUGCACACCAACAUUUGCCCAGAGGGACACGACUUCGCAUCUUAUGAGAGCCUUGAGCAACUACACAGAUUCUUAUUCGUUCUUGGAAUCACACAUAUCUUGUAUAGCUUUUUCGCAAUCGCCCUUGCCAUGAUAAAGAUAUAUGGGUGGAGAAAAUGGGAAAAUCAAGCAAAGCAGCAGCAGAUGGCUAUUUCUCAAGCAGCAGCAGCAGAACAAGAUGAAGGUUCAACGAAUACUUCUUCUGUCAAAUCAAUUAGUAAAAUGAGACGCCAAUCCACUUUUAUAUUUCACCAAACUUCCCAUCCUUGGAGUCAGCACAGAGCCCUCGUUUGGCUGCUUUGUUUCAGUAGACAGUUUUGGAGUUCUAUAAACCGCGCUGAUUAUAUGGCUUUGCGUUUGGGCUUCAUCAGUAUGCAUCAAUUGCCACUCUCAUAUGACUUCCAUAACUACAUCCUUCGUAGCAUGGAAGAAGAAUUUCGUGACAUUGUUGGCAUUAGCAUCCCACUCUGGAUUUUCGCCAUAUUAUGCAUCUUCCUAGGCUUUCAUGGCACCAACUUCUAUUUCUGGUCAUCCUUCUUGCCAGCCAUAUUGAUCUUGGCAAUGGGUACUAAAUUGCAUCGAAUAGUAGUGAAAUUGGCGGUUGAAACAAUGGAUUCGCCUCCAUUCACUGGUAGUGCUCAACGCUUUAACCUUAGGGAUGAGCUUUUCUGGUUCGGGAGGCCAAGGCUUCUGUUGUGGCUAAUACAGUUCGUAUCAUUCCAAAAUGCAUUUGAGAUGGCUUUGUUUAUUUGGUCAAUGUGGGAGAGCCGAGGUCCUUCGUGUUUCAUGGAGAAAAAAAGCUUCAUCGUCAUCCGUUUGACGUUUGGGGUGGUCUCUCAAUUUUGGUGUAGCUUCAUUACAUUCCCACUUUAUGUUAUUGUUACACAGAUGGGAUCAAGGUUUAAGAAGACAAUAAUAUCAGAAAAUGUGCGAAAAUCUCUACAUGGAUGGAGAGGAAGGGUGAAAGCUAGGCACCCAACCGGUAGCCCUCCCUUUGUCCAACUCCAUGCAACAACAUCCAUAACUUCUUUAGAAUCAAUGACGACAGAUCAUGAGAUUAACGAAGAAACCAACUCCUCCUCUUCAAAGGUUGUCAAUGAUAUUGACCAGAUGAGCUCGAGAUUCCAUCAAAAUGCAUUUGUGGCAACACAUCGAGGUGACGACGAUGAGAAUCUUGUGAUGGCUUUCGAUGACCACGAUAACAAAGAAGAAGAAGAUGACGAUGAUGAAAAGAAGAGUCAACACAAAGAUGAUUUUUGUGUUGAGUGCCCUCCAUAGUGAGUGAGGCCAUAUAUAUGUAGGUAUAUUUUUGGAAUCUUACGUUUAGAUGACAAACUACACUAAGUGGACAUUAAAAUGUGUUAUCAAAUGAAGCCAUGUUUUUCUAUUUGUUCAUGUUAAUAUUAUAUUCUUAACAUGAGUUGUUAAUUUGUC